AUGUUUACAGCGGCCCUUCGACCCUUAUCGAACCCCACCUUCCUGCGCCCAUCGUUAACCCGAUUCAUGAGUGUGGGCCUCGAUGGUGCAUAUCGUCUUGUGGCGUUCAUUGUACUCAUACUAGCUCUACUGUGGACUAACCUCGAGAGACCAAUACCGAUCUCCCACUACACUUCCCUCAACAGACUCAACUUCAAUCUCACAGUCGAUGACAUCAAGUCUCAGACCGCUGACCUCAUCAAGGAGUCCACAGACAUGCACAACCGUCUGGCCUCUUUAAAAGGUUCCGAUAUCACCGUCGAAAACGUCCUCGGAGUCCCCAACGAGUUUUGGGUGGACUUUUACCCCCGUUACAGUUCCAUGGAAUUCCUUCAAAACGUCUCCCCCGAUAAGGAGGUCAGAGAAGCGAGUUCCGAGGCCGAUCAAAAACUAUCGGAGCACCUCGUGGAGAUGUCCAUGCGUAAGGACGUCUUUGAUGUCCUAGUGGCCCUGCAGGGCCAGCACCCUGAGAUGGAUUCGGAGAGUGAAAGGUUGCUCGAUCGUUCAAUCAAGGAAGGCAAACGUAAUGGCCUUCAUCUGGAUGAGGCUACUAGGGAGGAAAUUGAGAAGAUAAAGAAGAGGAUGUCCGAGCUCUCAAUCAAGUUCAGUAAAAACCUCGGCGAGGAAAACACUGUACUGGAGUUCAGUAAGGAGGAGUUGGAAGGUAUGCCCGACGAUUUCCUCGAGACCUUGGAUAAAACAGAGUCCGGCAAAUACAAGGUUACACUAAAGUACCCCCAUUACAUCCCCAUAGCCAAGAAGUGCAAGGUCCGUGAGACCAGGAGAAAAAUGGACUUCGCCUUCAACAAUCGUUGUGCUGAUGAAAAUACGGAGAUCCUUGCUGAGCUCGUGAAGCUGAGGAAGGAGAGGGCUGGAAUCUUGGGGUUUCCUUCGCAUGCUGAUUUUGCCACUGAGCUUAAAAUGGCCAAGAAUGCGCCAACGGUCAGAGACUUCCUCCACGGUAUUGAGGAUAAAGUGAAGCCCCGUGGUGAGAGCGACAUGAAACUUUUGAAGGAACUUCUCACCGUCAACAUUCCUCCUCCUUCGCUUCAGGGCGCGUCGAUGGAAGAAGCUCUCGAUUCCUACGAUCUGAGCUACUACCGCAAUCUCGUCGAGGAAAAGAACUAUUCUGUUGAUCAGCUCCUUAUACAGGAGUACUUCCCAUUCGAACACGUCCUUAAGACUCUCCUGGAACUCUAUGAGAGCAUUCUCGGUCUGAAAUUCAUCAGAGUCACCGACCAACCCGUUUGGCAUGAAGACGUCGUGUGUUUGGCUGUGAAUGAUGCCGCUGAUGGCCACUUUAUCGGCUAUUGUUACAUGGACAUGUUCCCUAGGGACGGCAAGUACUCUCAUGCGGCGCUGUUCCCUCUACAGCCCAAUGUCGUCUACAAUGGUAAGAGGAGUUAUGGCGUUUGCUCCCUAGUGUGCAACUUCACCAAGUCUACUCCAAAGAAACCAUCCCUCCUCACUCACGAUGAAGUAGUCGUCACUUUCUUCCACGAGUUCGGUCAUUGCAUGCAUCACAUCUGCGCUGAAAACGUCAAAUUUGCCGAGUUUGCUGGCACCAGUGUGGAGCAGGACUUCGUCGAAUGCCCCUCGCAGAUGUUGGAGAAUUGGUGUUGGGAGAAGGAUAUUUUGAAGCGUUUAUCGCGCCACUACAAGACCCAGGAGCCGCUCCCCGACGACCUCAUCGAGAAGCUGAUCAAAUCGCGGGAUGCCAAUGAGGGCAUCAACACUCAGAGGCAGUUGGUCUUUGACAACUUCGAUCAGACCAUUCAUGGAGUGGCCCCACCGAGUGAUAUAACUUCGACCUUCAACGACAUAUCCCUGCAGACUAUGGGUGUGAGGCAACAAGAGGGCAGUCACUUUCCCGCUACCUUCGGCCACAUGUGCGGUUAUGAUGCAAAAUAUUACUCCUACUUGUGGGCUGAAGUGUUCGCUGAUGAUCUUUUCUUGAGCAAGUUCAAGAAGCCCAACAACCUCCUGAAUCCUGAGACGGGGAUGGAGUAUAGGAGGACCAUCUUGUCCCGUGGUGGUGCUGUAGACGCCUCGGAGAUGCUCAAGGAGUUCCUCGGUAGAGAACCCAAUCAGGAUGCCUUCCUGGAAAUGAAGGGUCUCAAGGCCUGA